UUGAAGAGUGCUGCACAGGAUCGUGGCACAAGGAGAGUAUACAUUCAUUUUUCAGCGAUCGCACUCGGGCCCGAUCCUCACUACGAACUGAACUUACGAGUAGCUCGUCGACGAACUGAAUUACGAGUAGCUCGUACGACAGCUGUCGUCGUUGGCGUUUUUGUGAUCUGUUGGAUUCCUUUCAGUACCAUUUACGUGCUUCAGGCAUAUUCACUCUGUCUGAUGCCGGACUGCAUUACCAACACAAUGUAUGUGAUCGCCUUCUGGCUCGGCUAUUCUAAUUCAGCGGUCAAUCCGCUUCUGUAUGCAGCCUUCUCAAGAGAUUUCCGAGCAGCUUUCCGAAAACUUUACUGUUCAUAG